AAAAUGGAAAUCAUAGAGUGGAUUGGAAUAAUAGUUUUUUGUUAUUUUGGUUAUUUAUUAGUAAAAGAAGUUAAAAUAAUCUUAUCUGGAAAUUCUAAUGUGCAAUAAAAAUAUGGAUAAGGAUGUUGGGCUUUAGUAACUGGUGGUACAGAUGGAAUAGGAAAAGGAUUUUGUUAAGUAAAUAAUAUUGAUAAUAUUAAGGAAUUUGCUAGAUAAGGUGCUAACGUUUGCAUUGUCGCUAGAAAUAAAUCUAAAGCAGAAAAUUUGAUAAAGGAGUUAAAAGAGAUAAAUAAUAAGCCAUAAUACAAAAUUGUGAUUGCGGAUUUUUAGGAUUGUCUUAAAGACACUUUUUUUGAAUAAAUAUAUUCAGAAGUGAAAGAUUUGGAUAUUGGUGUUCUUGUCAAUAAUGUAGGUGUAUUAACUGUUGGAGAAUUUGAUAAGACUUUAGAUAUUGAUCAAUAAAAUUAGAUUAUCAUUAAUUGCAUACCUGUAGUAUUUAUGACCAAAUAUAUAUUACCUAUUUUGAAAAAAAGGAAAAGGUCAGGAGUUAUCAGUCUAUCUUCUUUAACAGGAAGAUUUGCCUAUCCUUAUUAUCAAGUAUAUUCUGCAACUAAAGUAAUAAAAAUAUUUACACUUAAGGCAUUUAAUGAUAAUUUUACAAGAUCACUACAAAUUGAAGUUGAAAAUGUUGAUUUUUUAUCAUUAUAACCUGGAUUUGUUUAAACAGCUAUGGUUAAAAAUUAAACUGAUAUUCUCACAGUUUCCACAUAACAAUGUGUCACAGCAGCUCUGUAGAUAUUAUAGUAAAUAUAGAUCGCAAUUGGGAUUGAAAGAUGCAACAGCAGGACACCUGAUCCAUAGAUUAUAAACAUUUAUUUUUAGUUUAUCCGAAGGAAAACUUAUGGAUAUUAUCUCACCCAUAAUUGCAAAAUAAUUAUAUAAAUAAAAACAUUGA